UACAAUGUGGUUGGCAGACAAGAACAUCUCCCCAGAAGAUUAAUAAAAAUGAACAAAAAUAAUAUAGGUUCUUUGGCAUGGGUCACUGUGGUUCUAAUAACUACAAUCACACAGACUAACACUCAAAACAAUUCUACUUUUGAUGACCCCUGCAACAACUACACUGCUCUAGACAAUCCUUGGAGAGCCACGAAUACAACCAUCCAACUGGACAUUUGUGACCGCCCAUUCAACUGGACUGGCUGGUACCGGAUGCUGUAUUAUGGGAUGAACAUCCGUAUGCCACAGAGCUGUGUUAAUGAGUACAGAUGUGGUACUGAUAUCACUCUGUGGCUGAAUGAUCCUCACCCUCAGAUAGUGGAUGGAAUAGUUACUCGCAGGGUCUGUGGGAGGUCAGGAACUGACUGCUGCGCCUCUGUUUCCACCCCAAUUAGAGUCAAAGCAUGCCCAGGAAAUUAUUAUGUCUAUGAGUUUGUCAAGACUACCUGCUCUGCAGCAUACUGUGCAGAUGUGAAUACCAUCACUCCAAACAUCGCCCCAACAACUGCAACCGUUACUUCAGUAUCUACAGACUAUGCUGUGUUUGACCCUUGCAGUGUCUACAAUGUUCUUGACGAUGAAUGGAGGAUAAUGGAUGGUCUAGUCUACACAAUAUACCGUGGUCAUGAUGACACAGUUGCAAAAUGGAAUGGCUGGUAUCGGCUAUAUCUUCAGGGAAAAAAUGCUCAGAUUCCUGAACCUGAUUGGUGUGCGAAUUACAUUGUAUGUGGUGGUUACACACCACUUUUCCUUGGAGGAUCUCACCCACAAACACAGGAUGGCAUUGUCACCCGAGAAAUCUAUGGAUCGUAUGGCUAUGUGACUGAUGGCAGGCAAUGUAAUUCCUACAGAUCAAACUCAAUCCAAGUCAAAGCCUGCCCAGGACAGUUCUAUGUCUAUAGACUCGUCCAGCCAGCUGUGUUAUUUCCAAGGCCUACAUACUGCACAGUUGCUUUGGACACUCCUAGCUAUGAUCCUUGCAACAGCUACACAUCUCUGGAUCAACCCUGGAGAGGCACUAAUGCAACUGGAGGGACCAAUUGUGACAGAUCCUUUAACGGGGAUGGCUGGUACCGGCUGCUGUAUAAAGGGAUGAACAUCCGUAUGCCAGAGAGCUGUGUUGCUUUAUCCAAAUGUGAUGUGACCACCAUAAUGCCGAUCUCUACAACAACACGCAGUAGCACUAAACUGACCACUAGCUCUGAUCUGUACAUGACAAAUAUGAGCACUGCUAUGUCCAUCACAACAACAACACUGGACGAUAGCAGUCAACUGAACAGAACAAAUCCAAAUAUCACGGUGUCUGAGGAAUGCAAGGACAAUUUCACAACAAAUUGUGCAGACAGUCUCUUUAGCCAAAUUGAGAAUAUCACCGUUCAAGUGCUCUCACCAGACGUAGUAAUAAAGUAUAUAGACAUGGUGCUGAAUGCCCAGGAGCAGCUUCUGAAGGUUGAAAUAUUAAGUCUGGAUAUACUGGCAUCUUAUGGGAACACAGUGCUGAAUAGGACUGAGAAACUGUUGUCUACACUGGUGAAGCCAACAGAGACCACCGACUCAGUUAACAUCUCUCUAAAUGGCUUAGAUGUUCAGGUCUUUGCAGCUGGACCGAAAGCCUCCUUGAAAGAAAUCCUGCAGCUCAGCAUAAACAGUGCACAGAUGGAUAUCGACCUUAUGCAGAUUUUAAUGAAUAACAACGGAUCAGCUGCUGUGGCCUUCAUGAGCUUCACUAACAUGUCAAGCAUGCUGAAACCCAGUCUCUUCAAAACAUCUACCAACACAGUAAAUAACAUGGUGUCAAAUGUGAUGUCAGCAACACUGCCCAAAACCACUAACACACAGCUCCCCACACCGGUCAACUUCACCCUGAAACACACUGCAGAAAUUGACCCUAACAGUGUGCUGUCCUGUGUGUACUGGAAUAACACUGAAUGGGCUGUAGAUGUGUGUUCCCUCCUCCAGACCAACAGCAGCCACUCUGUUUGCUCCUGUGUUCACCUGUCAACCUUUGCUCUCAUCAUGCAGACUAACCCACCUAAAGGAGAUGAUAGUGACCCGCUCUUGGAGCUGCUCAACACGCUGGCUGUGGCAGUGGGCCUGGUGUUUCUGAGCUUGGCUCUGUUGACCUUUGCUCUUUGUCGUCAACACCUGAGAGUUAACGCCGCUCCUCUGAUAAACCUGUGCAUCAGCCUGUUUCUGGCUCACCUCCUCUUCCUUCUCACACAGGAAUUACUGCAGUACAUACUGAUGAUUCAGUUGGCGUGUGCAGUGCUGGCAGGUGUUCUGCACUUCCUCUUUCUCUCUGCUUUUGUGUGGAUGUUCAUUGAAGCUGUGCUGCUCUUCCUCUCAGUGAAGAACCUCACAAACAUCAGAUCAAAGCAGAACAAAAUGCUUAAUUGGAAAUAUCUGACAGUGAUUGGAUACGUCAUUCCUCUGACUGUGGUGGGCGUGUCUGCUGGACUGGUUCCUGAUGGAUACGGCAGUGAACAGUGCUGGAUUAAGACAGACAGGAACUUUGUGUGGAGUUUUCUGGGUCCAGUGUGUCUUAUUCUUACACUCAACUUGAUCCUCUUCAUCAUCAUCAUCAUCAUCACUCUCAGAAACACCCUGGCAGGACUGAACACUGAACAUUCCAAAAUCAAAGAAAUCAAAACUCUUGUCUUUAAAACCCUGAUUGUCAUCCUCGGUUGUCCCUGGAUCCUGGGUUUCUUCGUAAACGGCAGUAAGGUGUUGGAGAUUAUCUUCCUGUUCCUCAACUCCCAGCAGGGCACCUUCAUCUUCCUGGUCCACUGUGUCUUCAACCACGAGGUGAGACAGCAGUACUGGAAAUGGCUGACAACUUUUUGUCCCCACUUCAAACCUCCAACUACGACAGACGAUCAGAAUAGAGGGAAAGAAGCUCGUUGUUUACAAUCUCUUUAA